GGUUGGGGAAGAUGUCGUGGAAGAACUAACCAAGUCGAUGCAAAAAAUUGGCUUGGAUAUGCGAGUUUCAGCUCUAGUUAAUGAUACCAUUGGAACACUAGCUGGAGGCAGAUUCUACAAUCAGGAUGUCAUUGCUGCUGUGAUCCUUGGUACAGGGACAAAUGCAGCAUAUGUGGAACGUGCAAAUGCUAUUCCAAAAUGGCAUGGCCCUCUCCCGAAAUCAGGAGGCAUGGUUAUAAACAUGGAGUGGGGUAAUUUCCGAUCCUCACAUCUUCCUCUAACAGAAUAUGAUGUAGCUCUAGAUGCUGAGAGCUUAAACCCUGGAGAGCAGAUAUUUGAUAAGUUGAUUUCUGGUAUGUAUUUGGGGGACAUUGUAAGGAGAGCUUUAUUGAAGAUGGUUGAAGAAGCUGACUUUUUUGGAGAUACAGUUCCCCCCAAGUUGAGAGUUCCUUUCAUACUCAGAAAUUGAAGAGAUGA